AUGUCGGUCCACUCCAGCAUCAUCGGCGGCCUGCCGUCCUCGAAGCUCUUCAGCUUCCCGCCGCACAACCCGGCGCCGCCCGUGCCCCCGGCCGCCGUCGACUCCUUCUCCGUCAUGCGGCCCUUCAACAUCCCCGACGGCCUCUUCCUCGGGGCCCUCGACGCCCGAGUGCCCAUCACCAUUGCCGCGCUCUACGCCGUCACCGUCAAGCUGCUGAACCGCUACAACCGCGCCAACAACAAGCAGGCCUGGGCCAUUUCCAAGACGGCCUCGUUCCGCUUCUUCGUCGUUCUCCACAACAUCUUCCUCGCCGUCUACUCGGCCUGGACGUUUUGGGGCAUGCUCGGCGGCAUGCGCAAGAGCAUCGUCCACCCCUUUGGCCCCGGUGGCCUGGCCGCGACGGCCGACUCGGCGUGCCGCCUCCACGGCGCCCCUGGUCUCGGUCGCUCCGUCUACUUCAACGAGCACCUGAGCCGCUUCGAGAGCUCGGGGCCGGACACGCCCGCCGGCGUCAUUGAUGCCUCCACCGGUCUGCCCAGCGGCCAGCAGAUGGGCCGCAUCUGGAACGAGGGCCUCGCGUACUACGGCUGGAUCUUUUACCUCAGCAAGUUCUACGAAGUCCUCGACACCUUCAUCAUCCUGGCCAAGGGCAAGCCCAGCUCCACGCUGCAGACCUACCACCACGCCGGCGCCAUGCUGUGCAUGUGGGCGGGCAUGCGCUACAUGUCGGCGCCCAUCUGGGUCUUUGUCCAGUUCAACUCUUUUAUCCACGCUCUGAUGUACACCUACUACACCGUGACGGCGUUCAACAUCCGCGUCCCUGUCUUCAUCAAGCGCAGUCUGACCAGCAUGCAAAUCACGCAGUUCCUGGUCGGCGCGUCCCUCGCCAUGUGCCACUCCUUUGUCUACUACUUUGCCCCGGCCGCCGCCUCGACCACGACCUCUGACUCGGCCGCCUCCGUCGCCUCGGUGCGCGCCCUGCUGUUCGGCUCCGGCGCCGACGCCCGCCGCAUCAAGACCGUCGUCGACCGGGACGUCUCGUACGUCUCGCAGCCCUGCAUCGUCAGCUCGGGCGAGACGUUUGCCAUCUGGCUCAACGUCGUGUACCUCGCGCCCCUCACUUACCUCUUUGUGAGCUUCUUCAUCGCCAGCUACGUCAAGCGCAGCAACGCCGCCAACAAGUUUGCCGGCAAGGGCGCCGCCGCGCGCCGCCUCAGCAACGUCAACGUCGACGUGGCCCUCGCGGAGAAGGCGGGCUGGGACGCCGCCCGCGGCCUGGAGCGCGAGGUGUACGGCGGCGAGCGCAUGGUGCGCAGCGGCGAGAACAGCCCGACCCGCGAGGAGUCUGCCGCUCGCCGCACCACCAGACGCCGGGGCUAA